AUGCGCACCCACGGCAACUGCCGCAGAGGCCCCCUCGCCAUGGGCACCUCGUGGCCCAGAUCUCCUGCGACUCAGGGGGACACCACUGUCCCUCCAGAUGCCCACGUCUUCUGCCAGGGCAAGAUGCGCGCCCUGGCGCGUGGGGCCGCGGAAAAAAAGGACCGGCCCCGCGAGCAUCUCUUCGCCGACGCCGUCUUCGGUCCUGGCCCCUACCUCGCGCUCAGCGUCGACCUCGGGCCCGAUCCCGCUCUCAUCCUGGCCUCGUCGCCCGGCCCUCGCUGCCCGGUCCCCGCAGCCUCGGACGCUACUGCGUCCUUGUCUGACUUCGGGGCGUCCAGAGGUCGCGUGCAGCUGUUGCGCGUGGUGGACACGGAACACACCGCGGACUCGGUGGAGUGGUGCCCGUUGGAGGGCCGCCGGCACUUGCUGGUCUGCGGCACCUACCAGCUGCGGAAGCCGCAGGGCCCGCCCGCGGCCCCUAAGAGCAAGAGUGGACUCGACGCCGACGAGCCUCAAAUCCGUUUAGGUCGUCUCUACUUGUAUAGUUUCAAUGCGGACAGCUCUGCUUGCCCCGUGCUUGAGAUCCAAAGAAGAGAUGCUUCUGCAAUCUUGGACAUGAAAUGGUGCCAUGUCCCGGUGGCCGGCCAUGCCCUCUUGGGUGUGGCAGAUGCUGGUGGGUCCAUAGAACUGCUCCGCUUGGUGGAAUCUGAGACUGCUUACACACUGCAGCCGUCUUCCGGCUUUGCCCUGGAGAAGCAGUGUCUGGCCUUGUCUCUGGAUUGGUCCAUUGGGAAAACUGGAAGGGCCAGUGACCAGCCCUUGAAAAUCAUCAGCAGCGACUCCAAGGGUCAGCUCCACCUGCUGGACGUGAAUGAGCAGGGGCCUGGGCUACAGGAGGUGGCCACGUGGCAAGCCCAUGACUUUGAGGCCUGGAUUUCGGCUUUCAACUACUGGCAGACAGAAAUCGUUUAUUCAGGUGGGGACGAUGGCCUUCUGAAAGGCUGGGACACCAGAGCACCUGGCACAUCUGUGUUCACUAGCAGGAGGCACUCCAUGGGCGUGUGCAGCAUUCACAGCAGUCCCCAUCAGGAGGGCGUCCUGGCCACAGGAAGCUACGACGAGCACAUUCUACUGUGGGACACUCGGAACAUGAAGCAGCCUUUGGCAGACAUGUCCGCGGAGGGCGGAGUGUGGAGGCUCAAGUGGCAUCCUUUCCGCCACCACCUCCUCCUGGCAGCGUGUAUGCACAGUGGCUUUAAGAUCUUCAACUGCCAAAAAGCAACAGAGGAGAAGCAGGAAGCCUGCACAGUCUCUGCAUCCCACACGCUGCCCAACUCGUUGGUGUAUGGAGCCGACUGGUCCUGGCUCGGCGUCCACAGUGUGUCACAGAACCACCAGCCAUCCUGCUCAGGUUCCUUUCCCUGCAGCAACUCAGGAGGCAAAGCAGCACAUCUCUCAAACCUGAAGGCUGUGCACCCGUCACCAGCACACUCUUAUGAUCAUUUAGCAGAGAAUGGUAAAGAAGGUCAUACCAGACUUCAGAAUGGAAGCAAACGGAGGGCUUCUGUCCAGGCACUCACAGAGGACAUGAUUAAGGGUGACAGCCAGCUGCACACUGCAGGGACCAAGGUUUGUGACUGUGACCUCUAUCCGGAAGCAGCGAACUUUGACAUCAACUUCCUAGCUACUUGCUCCUUUUAUGAUCAUAUCCUUCACCUCUGGAAGUGGGAGAACAUCUGAGCUGGAGAAGAGACUGCUUAACUUGAAAUCCGAGACCAUUUCUACAAAUAAAGCCCGCAGUGGGACUUUGUGAGUGAACUGCCAUCAGACCAUCUCAUUGAGAUUUCUAUUGUAGUCUCUAUUUCUAUUGUAGUCUCUACGACCGUACAGGGCUCAGUGUAUCUUAUAGGAUCCACAGUGUAAACAGUCAAAAAAAAAAACACAACUGGCUUCUCUUAAAUAAAUCUUAUCUGGGGGCACCUGGGUGGUUCAGUCGGUUAAGUGUCCAACUUUGGUUCAGGGCAUGAUCUCACAGGUUUGUGAG